CAUGCAGUGUCAUAUCAUAAUUCAUACAUAACCCAACACCUCCUCUCCUCCCCUCCCUUCGUCUUCAUUUGCUGCGUCGCCGUACGUCGUCUCGCUCGCUCCUCCACAUGGCCGAGGAGUCUCGGGAAGAAGGCGGCGGCGGCGGCGUCGUGGAGGACGGCGACGAAGCCGGUGGACGGCCGGGGAAGGACGGCGGCAGCGGCGGCGCCGGCAGGGGGAGAGAUGGGAACAAUGGCAUCAGCACGUGGGAGAUCGAGGAGAUGGAGGAUGAGGCAGGGCCGGCGUCGCUGGCUCCUCCUGCCGCCGCCGCCGCCGCCGACGUGUACGUGGCGGUGGGGAAGGGCGGGUCAAGCAUGGAGGCGCUGUCGUGGGCGCUGCGGCGGCUGGCCUCGCCGCGGAGCUUCGUCUACCUCGUGCACGUCUUCCCCGUCGUCAUCAGCAUCCCCACCGGAUUAGGAAUGAUGCCCAAGAGCCAAGCAAGCCCAGAGCAGGUAGAAACUUACAUGAACCAAGAGAGAUCAAAGAGGCGUGUGAUGCUACAAAAAUAUUUAGACCAUUGCCGCAACUUUCAGGUUAAUGUUGAUGUGUACCUCAUCGAGAGCGAUCAUGUUACCAAUGCGAUCCUCGAACUUAUUCCGGUCUUUCAUGUACAACAGCUAGUUCUGGGGGUUUCAAAAUCCAAAUUGCGGAAGUUCAAGAGAGGAAACACAAUAGCAGGACAGGUUCAGAAGAACGCACCUCUAUACUGUGAAGUCAAGAUUGUCUGUGAUGGCAAGGAGGUUACAACUGUGCCAACUGCUGAUCCAACACCACCAAUUUCACCUUCUCCUGUAAAUAACAAGAGUAAUUCUAUCAGCCCAACGCCACUAUCACCUGCACCAGAUCAUAACAAUCGCGCUGUGGCUGAUGAUGACAAAAAGGAGACUAAUCCCAAUGAAAGGAAUAAAAUCACAAAAUAUUUGAAAUGCUUCUCAUUUUGAUCUUAUACUUUUAUGGUUGCUGCUUCAGUCACUUUUGCAGAUAUAGAACACUGCACGCAUAGCAUCUUCAGACAACAAAAGCUUGUAAAAAAACACUUUCACCAAUGUUGUGAUCUUGAAUUUCUUGAUUCAUUUGUACAGGAGAUGAUGGUUGUUAUAUGGGAUAUUUCCAGCAUUUUUUCUGCA